UGGUGGAUAUUGCUGCAAACCCAGAACUCGCCAUCCAUGCGGAAGAUGAGAGAGAAAUUCAGAGGUUAGAGAGAGAGAGAGAGAGAGAGAGAGAGAGAGAGAUGGGGAGGUUUAAGGGAGGUUUAGGUCUACCAACUGGUAGUUAGAGAUUGAGCUCCUUAACCAAACAUCAUCAACAGCAGGAACCAAGUCAAGCAACAGCAACACCAACAACAACUAGAAAGAAAGGCAAAGCAAAGCUAGAAAGAGAAAGCAUUAAAAGAGAGAUAGAAAAAGAAACUUAUGAUUUCUUUGGAGAAAAAGGGUUUGAGUUUUUCAGAUAAAAAAGAGACCUUUAGAGGAGUUUUCAUGGAGAUAUAGAGAGAGAAAGAGAGAUGGGUCUGUUUGUGUAUGUAAGUCUCACGUGGGUGUUGGAGGAAUGAUGGAUAGAGAAUAUAUGAUAUGAAAAAAAGUUCACGGAGUGAUUAGGUAACUCAACUUGCAAUCCUGAGAGGGAAAGUUCUGAGAUUGACAGAGAAAAGGAUGGCUACUUAUUUCCCCAGUUCAAGUAACCAAGGAGAUGCUGCAACGACCCUUUAUAUGAGGGAACCUUUGCCAAGUUUCUCAGAAGCACCGGUUCUUUCCGGUAAUAUGAUGAUGUACAUGAACUACUCAUCUUCUUCGGGGUCAUACUCUGAUUCAUUAGCUAGGAUUUCUCAGCAGCAGAACAGCUGCAUUGAUAUCCCAUCUAUGGGGCCUUCGGAUCCCACCCCGCCACAGCAAGAAAUUUUAUCAAAUCUUGAAGGGUCACGAAUAGUGGAGCAUGAUCCCAAUACAUGGAGAGGCAGGAAUGAGAUGCUAUUUAUGCACCCAAUGGGUGGCAACACUGGCAUUCUUCAAGGUGGGCAUAACUUGCAGGGUCAGGGAUUAUCCCUCAGCCUAGGUACCCAAAUCCCAUCUGGAAUGCAAAUGCCUUCUAUCCAGUAUCGGAAUCCUAACCUGGGUUUCUCUUCGUUCUUGGGUCCUAAUCCUUCAGUGUCAGGUGAGGGCAGUGGCAGGAACGGUUCGUCUAAAGAUGAUGAGAACUCCCAAAGUAAACAGUCAAGAUAUGCUGAAUAUUUGCCACCUGGUUUUCCUGGAGGUAAUUCAGAUUCAAUCAAAGCAGAUAUGUCCCCAUAUGGAAUGUCAAGUAUUGCUAGAACCAUUCCCAAUUCCAAGUACCUAAAGGUAGCUCAGCAGUUGCUUGAUGAAGUUGUUAAUGUCCGGAAAGCUCUGAAGCAUCAGGAUUCUAGAAAGGACCUAAUGAAGGGUUCCGGAGAAGUUGAUGGGGGUUCAAAGAAUGAAACUGCAUUGCCUCCUGAUACUGGAGGGUCUUCAAAUCCUCAAGAGUCAACUAGCAACUCCCCAAGUGAGCUUUCAGCUGCUGAAAAACAGGAUUUGCAGAACAAGAUGACGAAGCUUCUGUCCAUGUUGGACGAGGUUGAUAGAAGGUACAAACAGUAUUAUCAUCAGAUGCAGAUCGUGGUAUCAUCAUUUGAUGUGAUAGCAGGUUGUGGUGCAGCAAAACCGUACACAGCACUUGCCCUCCAGACAAUUUCCCGCCACUUUCGUUGCUUGCGUGAUGCAAUAACAGACCAGAUUCGGAUAACUCGGAGAAGCCUCGGGGAGCAAGAUGCUACCGCAAAUGGUAGAGGGGUUGGAAUAACUCGCCUCCGCUAUGUGGACCAGCAGCUCAGGCAACAGAGAGCACUUCAGCAGCUUGGUAUGAUGCAACAACACGCAUGGAGACCACAAAGGGGACUGCCUGAAAACUCUGUUUCAAUUCUUCGUGCUUGGCUAUUUGAACAUUUCCUUCAUCCCUACCCAAAAGAUUCUGAUAAGAUCAUGCUGGCAAGGCAGACUGGCUUGACAAGAAGUCAGGUCUCAAACUGGUUUAUAAAUGCACGGGUGCGUCUCUGGAAGCCCAUGGUUGAAGAGAUGUACAAAGAAGAAAUUGGUGAUGCUGAGAUGGACUCUAAUUCCUCAUCUGAAAUUGCACCCAAAGCAACACAUAGUGAUGUCAAGGCCUCUGAGGAUAGAGGGGAUGAUUUUCAACAAAGUGCAUCUUCCACGGCAACCGAGCGUCGUCGGCCUGACCAAAAUAUUCCUGAUACUGAAAUGAAAGGACCCAAUUCUUCUGCCAAUUUGCAAAAUGGGACCCGUGGAGAAACUGAAAUUGAAUAUGGAGUGGUGAAAUCGAGGGUGGAGGGAAGGCCUGGUGAGGAUAACUAUAGUCUUUUCCAGGAUACAAUCGUUCAGUCUAAUGUAAAUAAUGAGAGAUUCAUGGCAGCUACUUCUGCGUUUCACAUGUCGGAGUUGGGAAGGUUCGGGAGUGGAAAUGGAGUGUCACUGACACUGGGAUUGCAGCACUGUGAGGAAGGCAGUCUACCAAUGAAUGUUGGUGCUCAUAACAGCUUUGUGACCAUGAGAGGGGACGAUGUUUACAAUGUGACUUCUUCUUUCGUGGGGUCUGAGACCGCUGAUUUUGAUUGCAUGGAUUCUGGGAACCAGCAACAGGUUUGGCUCCUCCCAUCUGUUACAUGAUUUUGUAGCAUGAAAAAUGCUUGUUGGCAAUGUAUUUUGGUGAAUUUUAAGCUCUCCUAAGGGGGCAAAAUUUAGUGAGUGUAAUAGCUGCGCUUUGAACCAUUAGACGCGGGACGUCUCACGUCGUGACAUGGUAAAAGAUGAAGCUUAUUCCCUCUGAAUAUGAAAAUACUUAUGUGAAGUACAGUUGUAUUAUAAGAAAAGAUUGGUUGGAAGAUUAGCAUAUUUGUAAAGAUAAUACAUUUUUUUUGUUGAACAUGUUGAGAGAAUUUGUAAAUUACUUUCAACUUUGGUAGUGAAGAAAAGGAUUAUCUUCUCAUUUGAAAUAAGAUAGUAGGAAUUGUUUGAUUGUAAUAAUAA